CAGCAUGAGGAAAAUCACGCCCCUCUAUCGCGGCAGGCACGACAGUCGGUUCCCCACCGUUAAACUUGAUCGACACACAAUUGGGGAUCAGAUAGCUAGGACGAGGGAUCCAAGAACCAACAACCGCCAAGGCGCCUUUGUUUCAUUAGGUACAUGUCCAUCAAUGGUAGUGAACAGCCUCCUCCGAAGACGGAGGAGCAUUAGGAUCAAUAUUUCGACAAGGGAUCGGCGGUUGCCAGCGUGUGUUGUUGCGUUCAACUGGGCAGACUCAGCUGCGCUGAUCUUGCUGUAUCAAAACUGUUACCGUCUGCAUGUUACACUGCUGCGGCAGUGGCAUUCGUACUCUCUCUAUUCGUCUUGGUUUUCUGCCAUGACCUCCCUCGUGGUGUUCGCAAAUUCUGUUUGUUCGUGGCGUUUUUCUUCUUGUUUCUGGACUACUGGAUCAUCAAACCGCUUCUACCCUAGAGAUAACAGGAAGUAGUAUUGAAGAAUCGUUUCUCUCUCGGGUACAAACACAAGCGUAUUCAGCUUGUAUGCACUUGAGGAAGGAAAAGUGUAAACAUAUGGGGUCUAAAACACAAGGUUCUGCUGUUGUUGAGCAAGACUGCCUGGCUAUCACCUCACAACGGCAGGAUAAGAGAGCUCCGGCCGUGAAUAUCUUCACUAGCGCUGAAUUAGCUCAUUCUACUUAGCUAGGACAAUUAUUCUUAUUGGGAAACUUAUUUGAAGUUAUUGCUACAUAUUUAUGUUAGUGCUUGAAAUGCCGAUUUUCUUCAUAAUUAUUAAAAAAUCCCUCGGCACGAACGCGACAUUUUACAGACUGGUUGCACAUCAUUGGAAAAUUGCCAGACUCACUAUGCAGAUUAAAGAGCUUCAGAUCUUUUGGUGUGUCUG